UCCCCCAUUGGCUGGCCGAACCCGGGGUGGUCGCUCCUCGGCUGGCCAUUGGCCGGACUUUGAUACGCUCGGUGCUGUGAUUGGGCGCGCUGCUGUCGUUAUAGUGACGCUAUGGGGGGGGGGGGAAGAAAGGAACGUUCGCGGAAGUGAGUGUGGAGGGGCCGCUUGCCUAAAGCGCGCGCGCGCGCCCCUCGUGGGGCUCCCCCAGCGCCGCUGCCCCCCCGCCAUGGCCGAGCCGGGCCCCGCCGCCUGCCUGCUGCUGCUCCCGCUGCUGCUGAGCCCGGCCCCGGCCGCCGGGGCCGCCGCCGAGGACACCGAGUGGGUCCGGCUGCCCAGCAAGUGCGAGGUGUGCAAGUAUGUGGCAGUAGAACUGAAAUCUGCCUUUGAGGAAACCGGGAAGACAAAGGAGGUGAUUGACACACAGUAUGGCUUUUUGGGCGGAAAGGGGUCUGGAAUCAAGUACACGCAAUCGGAUAUCCGACUGAUCGAGGUGACAGAGACCAUCUGCAAGAGGCUGUUGGAUUAUAACCUGCACAAAGAGAGAACUGGCAGUAACAGGUUUGCAAAGGGAAUGUCGGAGACGUUUGAAACCCUGCACAACCUGGUACACAAGGGGGUGAAAGUGGUGAUGGACAUCCCCUAUGAGCUGUGGAACGAGACCUCUGCUGAAGUGGCUGACCUCAAGAAGCAGUGUGAUGUGCUGGUGGAGGAAUUCGAAGACGUGAUCGAGGACUGGUACAGGCAUCACCAGAAGGAAGACCUGGCUCAGUUUCUCUGUGCGAACCAUGUGCUGAAAGGGAAAGACACAAGCUGCCUGGCAGAGCAGUGGACCAGCAAGAAGGGAGAUGUAGCGACCACAGGGGAGAAUAAGACAAAGAAAAAGGAUGGCAAGAACAAGAAGGCAGCAGAGAAGAAAAAGAAAAACAAAGAGAAGGUUGAGGAAGCAAAAAGCCACCUGGCCCCAAGUGCUGAAAGGAGCCCUGAGGAGGAGGGGGAUAUCCAGCCAAAGGCUCCCCUUGCGCACAGCCCAGCUGACGAGCUGUAGUCUCUUGGACUCCGCAUGCCAAUUUGCAGCCCAUGGUAGGGACAGCGGACACUCUGGACAGGUGGGAUAUUGGAUGCGCUCUGGGCAUUGCAACAGCCAGUUGCCUCACAAGAUGGUGACCCCUUAUUUACUGAAGGGAAAUAAAUGAGAACUCUUCCAACUUAUUGCUCCAAGGGCAGCAGCCUGUUCCUGCUGGGUGGAGAUCUCAGCCAGUCACGCCGUAGCUAGUCAGCAUUACCAUGAGCAGUGGUGCCACAUGGAUCACAGCAGCUGGCAGAGACCCCUGCACAUGCAGGGCAGCUGGGCCGGACAGGAGAUGCUUCUGAGUACGUGGAGCUUGUUAAACUCCCCUUAGUACUCCCUAGACAAUACAGAUCCUGCCUUCAGCGGGAGAGACCUGCCGCCUCUUGCCCAGCGUGAUUGUGUUUGAGCGGGUAUGGAAGUGGGAGAAAGGAGGCUGGUUUGCUCACGGAGGAGCCUCUGGCUUUUGUCUACAGCUGCCCGUGGGGCAGGGAACUUGGCAGUGGCUUGGAAGGAGAGUGGCUUCUGCGUGGCCAGCCUGGUGGGUUUGGACACAUGGUCUGUUCCACAAAGGCUGGGCCCAGUCCUGCCCUCCCCUACGCCAGGCAGUCCCACUGAGCAUGCUGGGGUCCCACAAUGAGUUAUCCUCCUGCUCUGCAAGCUUGCUGCCCACCCCACUCCCGUAAUACCAUUCCACUCAGGAGCAACCACUCCAGCUUCCUGGAAGCCUGUGGCUCCUGCUGUUGCUGCAGAGAGGACCCUUCCCCCCUCUGCUAAUGUCCUGUUUCAUUUGGUCUAGCGUGUGCUCCCUGUAGUAGCUUUCACUCUCCCUGCUGCACUGUGGACAGCAGCUCCUUGCUUUGCAAGGAGAGGAUCACUUGUAUUUCAUGCAGUUCUUUGCUACCUGUUGGUGGUUUCUCUUCAAGUGCCAGUAGAUAUUAACACUCUCCCCGUGGGGUGCGGGAGCAAGACCCACUACGGCCUGCAGUGACACCCGGAUAACUCUGAAUGCAGUCUUUGUCCCUCUUGCACGUGCCCAAGAGCCUCCCAUCAGCUCUAACACUCAUCAAAGCACGUGGGGACCCCAGCCUGGGAGUGGGGUUAGGUCUGGUCCGGUCCAGCCAGGCUGACUGUGAUCUCGGCACUGCAGCUCAGUGAGUCCGACGUCAGUGCACUGAGGUGGCUGCUCUGCUAGAAUUAGGUAUGUUCCUGAGUGCUCUUUCGUCUCACCAGCUCCAUCAUGUGUCAUGGAAUAUUCCUAGGUAGUGAGAGACUCAUCGGUCUUACCUUGCUUUUCAGGCUAGUGAGCGACUGUUGGUUCCCCAGGCAGGGCACCAUACUCCAGGCACCAGCACUUCCAACUCUUGCCACUUUAUCACAGGUCUCCUGGUAUUUGGUGUGUGUGUGUUUGGUUUUGUUUUGUUUUUUUUUGGUUUUUUUUACAACCUCUGCUCGUGGCGUCAUGGGAUUAUGAGAGAAUCUCAGCUUUAGAAUGAAGCUGUUUCUAGCCCUCAUGGCUACAGGGGACAGCUUGAAAGUGUCACCAGAGUGUUGCCUAAAAGGCUCAGAAGUCAGAGAAAACCCCAAAUGUGUGGUUUAAAUAAAUAAAUAAAUUCUUAUGGGGCUGUUGGGGGCUAGACCCUGGGUUCUGAAUGUAGGGGGUUGGCCCUGCCAUUUAGACGCAGCCCAAGAGGCACAAUUGGAAGGAAGCUUAGAAUUAUUUUUAAGCAAGGCAGUUUUACACCACUUCCUGCUAUGGAGUAAUCCUGUAAUGCAAUCGAGUGACUUCAGUGGGAGUGGGGGUGGGUCGGUACGACUGGGCAUGGGUGACGGAGAGGAAUGAGUGAGACUAUCUGGCGUGACAAGUUUUUGUCCUUUCAGUUUUGUUCUAUUGUAACUGCUGGAGUUGCCGCAACUAUACGUUGGAAUCUGUUACCGCAAGCAAGGGACUUGGCAUUUUUGGCAUUCCAGUUAGCGAAACUGGCCUGAAGCAGCUAAGAGCCUCAUGGCCUCCAGCCCUUGCUCUUCUGGAAGGUUAUCCUCUGAUCACCUUUGUCCUUCUCUCUUCCCCAUACAGUCCUCCUUUACAGGUAGUAAUGAGCUCUGCAAUGCCAGAACCUCUGCCUUCCACCUACUGGGACAGCUGCUAUGCCAGCAGCACAGCACCUGCUAAUGCUGCCCCUACCGUGCCUACACUAGACGCUUCCAGCACCGACUUCAACUCUGGAAGUGUUAGCAGAGGCUAGAGCCCUCCUGGAGAUGGGCCCCAGGCUGCCAGUGGCCUUGAUUAGACUUUCUGAGCAGGCUUAGACAGGGCAUUAUGUGACAGUGUUAAAAACACCAGCGGGCUGUCAACAUGAGGGCUCCUAACCCCACUGGAAUCUGUCCUGAGUGUAAACAGCUCCUUGGAGACAGGAGCACCUCCCAGAUCUCCAGCACCAUUCCUCCAGCACAGCGAGAGGGGCUGGGUAUGCCAUACAGACCCCGGCAUGUACACAGCAGUGAGAUGCUGCAAAGCAACCCUUGCCUCUACAUUUCCCAGCUCUUCUCCCACUCCGUGGCAAUGUAAGACAGUGAAGUGCAGCACCCACGCAGUGAGAAGCAGAGAGAUCAGAAGAAAAUGCUCUGUGGGCCUUCAGUAGAUACAACCCUCCAGUAAAGCUGCUGCUGGAAUAUCCUAACAAGAGACUCCAGCUCUUCCACAGAUCCUGGCUUAUUGCUUUGUUUUUGACCCAAGCCUUUCACCCCUGUGUUCUAGGUACUUGUCUGGCCUUGAGCCCAGUUCCAGGUGAGGUUGCUGAGCCCAAGGUGAGGCUCCUGGUGUUUGUUUGCACAUUGUGUUUGAUUCCCCUAGUGCUUUGCACUGGGAGGAGUGUUUGCUGCUUUGGCCAAGAUACAGCAGAAGUCUAGUGUUCUUCCCUGACUGCUGCUUAGCAGGGGUGAUCGACCAGUUCUGCUCUGCUGCUGUUGUUCCUGGGUCCACGUAGUUGUUUGCGUAAUUGCAGCUGAAGCCUUUCUGCCAGUAAGUGUGGCGCAAUAGGGCAGGCCCUUGCCAGGUGCAGCUCAAUGACCCAAUGACUGAGGGGGAGACAAAGCCCAGGUCCAAGCCAGAGUGACUGCAGCCAUUGAGAUGUCCAGAGACUGCAUGCAGAGGUCUGGAAUAGGAGCAUGGGAGAGUUUCUCAAAUGAACAGGAAUCUUAAGACUCCUUAUCAAGAGCACUGCAGCAAACUGGGCCUGCCCCAGGAACGAUGCAGAGAUAGCAUCCAGCUGACUUCAGAGCAAACCCCAAGGAAUACAAACCCCUGUGCUGAACAGAGGGAACCUGCCUUUGACAGAGACCCAAAUCCGUCUGUUACACGGUGGCAACAUUGAGAUAGCUCAGAGAGGCUGCAGGGUUUCCAUAUGUGGGCACAGCAGUGAGCUGGUGCAUGCACAGGGCAGGGAGGGUGCAAAGCUUUUUUAUGUCCUGCCCGACACAGGACAGUCAGGCCCUGUUUGCAGUUGAGAACAGUGAGGUGCUGAGCCAAAGAGGGUGAUGGUACCGUCCUAGUCCUCUCCGGGCUGGGCUGGAUUACAGAACCCAGCCAUGGUGACAGAGCAGUAGCUGAUAGCCCUUCCCUACGGUGCUCUUAUUAACCUCUCAUUUUUCUUCCCCUGCCUCCCCAGAGGGCUAGGUUUUAGAUGAGCAGUUGUAUCUUAAAUGUCUAGGGCCCUGUCGGCUCCAUAGCCAACGCUCUUGUGUAGAUAGUGGCCUGUGAUCCUAUGUGAAUCUGGUUAAUGGUCACAUAGUUUCACCCUGAAUUCACUCUUGUGUGCUAUUUGCAGUUAUUUUUUAAAUAAACUCCAAGUCUGUUAA